AUGAGUUUGCAGUAUAUUUGCAGGGCGAAUGACAAGUUGUAUAAACUGAUUAUCAAGGAGUUAUCAGAACAGAUACCCAAGAGAUAUGACGAUGGGACAAAGACUUUUGCCGAGUUGGAUGAUUGGAAAAAUGAGGAGUUACCACGGUUAUUAAAGAAACGAUUUACAUCUUCACAUGACAAGCUCACAUAUAUAACCAAAGCAGAAUUGGUUAAUUUAAUGGACUGGAAACUUGCCAAAGGUACAUUUAGACCAUCAUUGCCAAAAUUGAUAAAGUCAAAUAGUGAAGAGACCGUUAAGGAAGUUACCCAGAGAGGAUUCCAAAAUAUACUAAGUUAUCUAAAAGAGUUACCUAAACAUUUUUGGAUAGAGGCUACUGAGGAUGAGUUGCAAAAUUAUUCCAAGGUUAUAAGAUCAACUUUCAAAAUAUUGUGUGAGCUAAAAGGAGUUGGCCCUGCAACGGCUAGUCUACUUUUAAGCUGUCUUUGUUCAAUUUUCCCGAGAUUAGCUCCUCCAUAUUUCAGCGACGAGAGCUUUAUGUACUAUGUUUUUGAUGAGGCAAAUGCCGACCAUACAAAAAAGAUAAAGUAUAGCGUUAAGGAAUAUGCUGAUGAAUUGUUGCCUGUUUAUUAUGAUCUACUAAAAGAAGCAAACAGCGAGUUAUCCCCUGCAGUAUUGGAGAAAGGUGCUUGGGCGUUAAAAACAUAUGACUUGCAUCAAGAUGAUGCUCUUGUUAAUGUUGAAAAUCCCUUUGAAGGAGACGUAAAGUCGGAAAGUUGGAGAAAGUUUGAAAAACCAAAAAAGUCAGUGAAGACGCAUGUUGAAGAUGAAAAACAUUUGAGUAUGAAAACAGAGCCAAAAAAAGCUACGAAACGAAAACUGUCUGAAAAAGAAGAUGUGAUGCAUGAGAAGAAAGAUGAUAAAAAGAGGACAAAAAAAGAGAGUUUGAAGAAGGAAGAAGCAAAGAAGGACGAAGGAAAGAAGAAAGAUGCAAAGAAGAAAGGUACCAAGAAAUUGAGAAGUUAA